AUGCACAGUGUUCCGGUAUUGGACAGGAAAAUGGAUGAAAUCAGACGUGAAACCAGCAAAGACCCCGAUCUACAAGUGCUAAUAGAAACCAUCGUCAAUGGAUUUCCAAAUACUAAGUCAAAGUGUUCGUCAGUCGUCCUGGAGUACUGGAACAUCCGGGAUGAACUGAGUGUUGUAGGUGUGAUCUUGAGGAACAAUCGGGUAGUGAUUCCGAGGAGUCUCCGAAAGGAGAUGUUAGUGAAAAUUCACUCGUGGCAUUUGGAUAUAGCUAAAUGCAGGCUCCAAGCACGUCAGGUAAUGUACUGGCCAGGCAUGAACCAGUGUGUUGAGGAAAUGGUGCAGUCAUGCUCAACGUGUGCGAAACACCGGUCAAAACAGGCAUCAGAACCUUUAAACCCUCAUCUUGUGGUGGAGUAUCCUUGGGAAAAGGUCGGCGUUGAUAUUUGCCAUGAAAUACACGUCUUUAGUGACAAUGGUACCAAUUUUAUGUCAAGUGAGUUUCAAGAGUUUGCUAGGAACUAUGAUUUCAAGCAUACUACAUCCAGUCCCAACUUUCCACAGUCAAAUGGGCUGGCUGAGGAAAGUGUGGGCAUUGUGAAAAGUCUUCUCAAGAAAUCGCGAGAGGACGGAAGUGAUUUCUACAUGAACUACAGAACUACACCAUUAAAGCAUGGAAAAUCACCGUUUGAGCUUCUCCAUGGGAGAAAAGCCAGGUCAAAUCUUCCCAUCGUUGACAGUCAACUGUUGGUCAAGUCACAGUCGUCAGAACAGUUUAGAAAGGAAAAGUUUGCAGAUAAAGUCAGGCAAAAGUUCUACUAUGACAAAAAUGUUCACGAAUUAUCCCCUUGGAUCGCGGGAACACUGAGGAUCCGUGACAGUCGUGAAAGUACAUGGUCAACAAAGGCUGUAUUCCGUGAGGAAGUAUCCCCGAGGUCAUACCUGGUCGAAACUGAUGCUGGAAACACAUAUCGUCGAAAUCGAAAAGACAUUCUGAAAUGUGUGGAACGUGAAACGGUAACAAUACCAGACACCGAUGGUAAUUAUGUGAUUCAUCCAGAGAUUGAAUUUGAUGAUGGUGACAUUGGAACCCCAGUAAAGUGUGAUGAACCAACUAUAGUGACAAAAUCGAGUAGAACUGUAAGAAGGCCAAAUCGUCUCAUUGAAGGGAUGUAG